AAACCUCUCCAACAUUGUCACAUAAACAGCUUAGUUGUAUACCCUAGACACCCACCACCCGGCCCUUUGCAGUUCUCUUUACUCACAAAAUCAAUUCUUUCUUAGAGAACCUCAAAGCACACCACCAUCUCUUUUUGCCUACAUAGACACUUAUCUAUCGUAAUCAUGCCAACUCCCGCAACAAUGGUGGCUCCAUCAACUGGAUCUUUCCCCAAAAAAGAUCAAGAAUGGCGCGCGGUUUUGUCUCCUGAGCAGUUUAGAGUUCUCAGGGAAAAGGGCACAGAAGCCAGAGGUAAAGGAGAGUAUACCAAACUGUUCGACGACGGAACCUAUAGCUGCGCUGGCUGUGCAACUCCUCUUUACAAGUCCACCACUAAGUUCGACUCUGGUUGUGGCUGGCCUUCCUUCUUCGAUGCUAUCCCUGGUGCCAUCAAACAAACGCCCGAGGCAGGAGGGAGACGAAUGGAGCUAACGUGUGCGACAUGUGAUGGACAUUUAGGUCAUGUUGUCAAGGGAGAAGGUUUUCCCACAGCCACAGAUGAGCGUCACUGCGUUAACAGUGUUUCUCUCAAGUUUUCUGAAAUUUCUUCUCAAUAAAACGACAUAUCCACAUUGAUGACCACUAUAUUUUGUUGGACCAAUUCAUCUCCUUCAAGAAAAAUUGAAGAUAAAAUCUGAUCGUUUGAGAAUUGUUAUGUUUUGUUCCAAGUCAUUUGUGAUGUGCUCUCAUUGUUGUUAGUUUUUCCAAUGUAUGAUAUUCUUUCACUUAAUAAUUGUAUUAUUUGUUAUA